AUGAACCUCAUUGUGCUCUUUGGAGACAGAAAGAAGAGCAACGCUCUACGUGAAGCGAUCGUUAAUGACGUCUAUCAUCGAGGUUAUGAGCCAGAGUACAGUGCGAACACAAAAGUAAGAAUAUAUCCUCAUUGCCUGAAAAUAAUAAGCUAUCCUGGUCCACAUCCAAGUUUAAAAGUUGAAGAAUUUACAAGUGGAUCUAGCAUUCUACCUGUUGAAGCUAAAAAUUGUCGAAUUGGAGAAUUCCUUCGGAGUUCAAAUUUAGCCGAGGCUCGUGGAACUGGCGUUCAAACAAUAUUUAGAACGAUGAAGAAAAACGUAAAUCCUUUACCUAUAUUUAAUUUUGACUCCACUUAUUUCAGUGUUACCCUACCUGCUCAUCCCAAAUUUAAGGCGGCUAUGCUGUUGAAUGAUGUUAAAGAAUUAGAGGACAGUGGUGAUCGAGUUGAGGCAAGUAAACUUUUAUCCGAUGCUUUCGAGGAAGACCCUGAAAUCAUAAACCGAAACUUACUGCAGAAGCUGAUUUUGUUAUUAGACAGUAACUUUGACAAUCUAAGAGCAAAGAAAUAUAAAGAUUAUAUUGAUAGUACAACGAAAAAGAGAUACGAGCUUCAUAAAGAUCUUGACUUGUGGCUAUCCAACAGAAAACAUGCUCGAAAUAACAUCUCAUAUGGGCAUGACUUGAUUAAGAAUUUGGUCAAAACAGAGGCAGAUAGCGAUGAACUGUUUUGUGUGACUGAUUUUAUAAAAGAUUUAUUGGAAGAACGGGACGAAUUGCGAAAAUUAGUUUCAUAUCUUAAAAAUACUUAUACUAUUAAGCCUGGUUUUAAAUAG